AUGGCUGGUGAUGAGCAGCAGCAACAUCCACAUGAUAAUCAAAUGCAUUCUCCUUCACAUCCAUCUCCAGCAAAGGAUGAUAUGAUAGGAUAUGUGAUGGCAUUGGAGGCUGCUUUACUCCCAUGUCUUCCUGCAAGAGAGCUUCAAGCAAUUGAUCGAUCUCCCCACCCUUCACAUCAGAUUGAUGUGGAGAGACAUGCUAGAGAUUUCAUGGAGGCUGCCAAAAAACUCCAACUUUACUUUAUCAGUCUGCAGCGUGAAGAUCAGCCAACCAAAGAAGAAAUCUUGCAAAAGGAUAUUGCAAUGAUGGAAGAAGAACUGAAAACAAAGACCCAACUUAUCAAGAAACAAGAAAGAUGGAUCCAGGGUUGGAGAAAGGAGUUAAAAGACCAAUUGGAGAAGCACAAUACUGAAUUAGAAAGGGUUUAGAUGUGUAUUUACUUCUUUAAAUUCCUUCUUUUGAUUAUCUAAAUAGCUACUAGUAGUAAC